AUGACUGGGACAUACAUGUCUCUCUCCAACAUCUAUGCUUCCCAGGGAAGAUGGGAGGAUUCUUCCCAAGUGAGAGUUGCAGCCAAAACUAGAGGGUUAAGGAAAAUCCCAGGUCAGAGUAGGACUGAAGUGAAGAAGAAAUCUUAUAUCUUUUCAUCUGGUAACAGUUUUCAAUCAGGUUUGGACAAAGUUUACGAAAUACUUGAUGAUUUAGGUCCGCGAAUGGAGGCUGAAGGUUAUGUACCAGAUAAAAGCUUUGUUUUGCAAGUUGUGGGUGAUGAAGAGAAAAAAGAGAGAUUGAAUGGACACAGUGAGAAACUGCUAAUAUUCCUCCAAACUUUCCAAUUCGAGUCACAAAGAAUCUUCGGGUUUGUGGGGACUGCCAUAACUGGACUAAGAUUUUCACAAAAGUGGCAAAACGUGAAGUUAUUGUUAGAGAUGGACGUCGUUUUCACCAUUUCAAAGAUGGGUUAUGUUCUUGCGGAGAUAUUGGUAAAUCUUUAA